ACUACAACGCGAACAUCUGAUCCUGUCUAUCACCCCAGUUUAGCCUACAUUGAAAGUCAGCCGGUCGGUCCUAUCCUCUAAACCGCAAACAUGCAGAUGCCAGAUAUGCCCGUCAAUGUCCCCAUCGACGACCCCAACGCGGACACGGAAUGGAACGAUAUCCUCCGCAAACAUGGCGUCAUCCCUGAGAAACCGCCAUCGCCCACGCCCAUGAUCCAAGAAGCCCUCGAACAAGCCCGCACACUCGCGCACGAAAACCGAUUAGAAGGUAAAGACCUCGACGAACUAGCCGAGCUAGAAGAUGAAGAAGAUGAAGACUUCCUCGACUCAUACCGCAAAAAGCGAAUGGCAGAACUCUCUACCAUAACCACGGCCUCGGUCUACAACCAAGUCUACCACCUCCAGAAACCAGACUACUCGCGCGACGUGACGGAAGCGAGUAAAAACGCAUACGUACUUGUACUUUUGACGAGCUCAACGGGGACGAAUACGGAGAGCAGGGUUAUGAUCGAGCAUUGGAGGGAGCUGGCGAAGCGGUUUGGAGACGUCAAGUUUUGUCAGAUGAGGGCGGAUUUGUGUAUUGAGGGGUAUCCGGAUAAGAAUACGCCGACGGUGUUGAUUUACAAGGAUGGAGAUAUCAAGAGACAGAUUGUUACGCUGAUGCAGUUGGGUGGGCCGAGGACGAGUGUGCAAGAUCUGGAGAAGGUCCUGGUAGAUGUUGGUGCGGUUAAACUGGGAGAUUCGCGCCUUCAGCGGAAGAAGGAUGAUGAAGAUGAUAACCAGAGCAAGAUAAGACAAGGCAAUACUGCGGCCGACGAUGAAGAUAGCGAUUGGGAUUGAAGCAAGAACGGAAAGUUUAAUUCUUUCCUGGACUGCCACACUUUUACAGCACGUCGCAGCCCGUGGUUUUGAUCUACCCCGGAUAUAGAGUCAUGUUGCGAGUGCAGAACACAUUCACACUAAGCGACGUAGGCGAUAUGUAUUGAUUCCAAGUUGGGAGGCGUCGCACAACGCAUCUUGGAUUGUCUAUUGGGCGGAAUCGGAGAUGUUGUAUUUAAAUAGGGCAGACAUGUAAGCGCAGUCUAGACGGGAGCGGUACUACAGUACAAAAACCGACAUAUUCGAGCCGUGCAGUAUAUAUAUCAGAUACCACUCCUUUGG